AUGAAAGGCGUGUGGGACUUUUUGGACCUGGAUGUGGGAGUGGAUGGGGCCAGCUCCGAGUGGAUCAGUGCUCUGGUUAUAGCCGCUGCUCGCUCCCUGUGCCAGACUCACAUUUGGCUUCACUUUGGGUUCCACAGACUCACCAGUGUUUACCCUGCCAUGUGUGCACAGCAGCAGAAGGGGAAAGACACGAAGAAGAAGAGUCAAGAGAAGAGUGCUUUCAUCCAGCUGGGAUGA